GCAAGGCGUAAAAUGCAAACACUUGACAUUUCAGUUUCAAAUAGUCGACGGUUUGCUGAAAAUCAAAUCAAAUACGCAACUGCACUUUGGAUAUAUAUUUAUUACAAUUAAAAUCAAAGAUUGCAACAAAAGAAAAACAAAUAAACUUAAAAUGUAUUAAAAUCAACGCGAUAAUCGUGUAAACCGAACCGACUUAGAAAAUCCAUAUUUUUAUAUAACCGCGAAGAGGCAAUCCGAGCAGCAGCUGCAGCAGCAUCAAAAUGGGAAUUCCGGAUAUACGACAGCUGGUCACACUGGAGUUCGAAGUGUACGGACAUGUUCAAGGCUUGAAUUUCACAAAAGAAACGCGCGAUCGUUGCACCAAAGCAGGUAUCACAGGUUGGGUCAAAAACAGUAAACAAGGAACAAUUGUGGGCAAAAUGCAGGGCGCCAAGGUGGAGGUUGACAAAAUGAUUACUUGGCUGUCCACCGAAGGCCCGCCCGGCUGCCAAAUCGAACGAUGCGAGCUGCGAAACCAAAGCAAUUUAAAUCGACUGGAUUAUAAAGACUUUGCAAUUAGAUUUUAAAAUGUUGUACAGUCUAAUAGUUAUU